GGGGCGGGCCUGCGAGCGGCGCCCGUGACCCCGGCGAGCCGAGGGGCAGACGGAAACAAGACUGCCGGCGGGGCGGGGGGCGAGCUGGGGUCAGGAGAAGGGUAGGCGCUCCGGGGAGGGGGGCCCUCUCGGGCCGCCCGGCGCGCGCGAGCAGGGGGCGUUGGAGCGGGAGGCGCGGGUGCCGGUGCCGGUGCCUGUGCGGUGUGUGGAGCCCCUGGGUCUGGGCGCGCGUGUGUCCCCGCGUCCCGGCGCCGUGCUGGCCCCGCGUGGGUGUGCGCGCCCGCACCCGAGCCCGGGAGGACUGCUUCGCGCCUCACCCGGCGCACACCUGGCGCGGAAGCGGAGCCCCAGGGCGCGAGCCCAGGUGUGGACAGUUUGUACCGAGCGCUGGGGACUGGCAGUGAGGGCAGUGACAGCGAACAGCACACCCCAUACCACGACGCUCCCUAAAGAAUCGUGCUUCUUUUGAAGACUGCACAAAAGCGCUUCAAAAGAUGGUUUCUGUUAGUGUUGCAAAAGCACUUCUAAUUUUGGUUACCAUGGUAACCGAAGAAGUCGCCCCGCACCGUUGAGACGCUGCUUGGCUGGAAACAGGAACUGUUCUUGAGAUCUGCUCACGUCCCCUCAUGUCACCAUGGGUGAAUCAGCACCUGCCGAAUUUUUGAGACAGCUCACGGCUUAGAGGAAGGCUCGUCUAAAUAAAGGCCAGCUAAAGUGACAUUGCCGGGAUUUAAUCCCUCUCUGGCAGCCCGUGUGACCAGAAGGCUGAUUUGCAAGUUUCUUCUUUACCGGGGUCCAGAUGAUUGCAUCCCCAGGGGCCCUGCGACUCACGAGCAGAAGAGCAAAAUGAAGGAGGUCAGAGCUGGAGGCCGGCAGCAGGGACCUGGGGGCCUCCACGGGGCUCUUACCCACCAGAGUGGAAGAUUCUUGGGCCAUCAAAGGAAAUAGUAAACUGGAGCCUUUGUCCUGGGACGCGGCCACCUACCACAGAGCAUCAGACCGCAUGAGCAGCCAGGAGGUUCCUGGAGCCGAUCAGGGAAGUGGUUAUGGUAACUGGAUGUUACCAGAUGGUGAGAGCUGGGCAGUGCACUGUGAAGGAAGGCGUGAAAUGUCUGCGGUGAGGGGGGCAGCUCUUGGCCUGGCCCGGCAGUCUCUGCUGGCCUGUUCGCCUCUGCCCUCCUCUCCCUGAAGCCACGAAGGGGACUGCGUGGCUCUGCAGGCCAGCCGUCACGGACGCGGGGCUCUGGCAGGCCCUGACUCCCCUCGCCCAGCCCCUGGGCUCUUUGCUCUGCUCCUCCCCCUGCCCUCCGUCAGUGCCUGUCGGCCGAGGUGGAGAUGUGAGCUUGUGGUGGACGAUGACCGCCGUGUACGUGAAUGGAGGUGGCCUGGUGACCCCCCACUAUGCCCGGUGGGAUCGACGGGAGAGCGUGGAAAGUGGCUGUCAGACAGAGUGCAGCAAGGACGAGGACGAGGGGCAGCCCCGCCAGCUGACACCCUUUGAGAAGCUGACGCAGGACAUGUCCCAAGAUGAGAAGGUGGUGAGAGAGAUCACGUUGGGGAAACGGAUUGGCUUCUACCGAAUCCGAGGGGAAAUUGGAAGUGGGAACUUUUCCCAAGUCAAGCUCGGAAUUCACUCCCUAACCAAAGAAAAGGUGGCCAUUAAGAUUCUGGACAAGACCAAGUUAGACCAGAAAACCCAAAGGCUACUAUCCCGCGAAAUUUCCAGCAUGGAAAAACUGCACCAUCCCAACAUCAUCCGUCUGUACGAAGUUGUGGAGACCCUAUCCAAGCUCCACUUGGUGAUGGAGUAUGCAGGGGGUGGAGAGCUCUUUGGAAAAAUUAGCACUGAAGGGAAGCUCUCAGAGCCGGAAAGCAAGCUCAUCUUCUCCCAGAUCGUGUCUGCCGUGAAGCACAUGCAUGAGAACCAAAUUAUUCAUAGAGACCUGAAAGCAGAAAACGUAUUUUAUACCAAUAAUACUUGCGUGAAGGUGGGUGAUUUUGGAUUCAGCACAGUAAGUAAAAAAGGCGAAAUGCUCAAUACUUUCUGUGGGUCGCCUCCUUACGCUGCGCCCGAGCUUUUCCGAGAUGAGCAUUACGUGGGCAUUUACGUGGACAUCUGGGCCCUGGGGGUGCUCCUGUACUUCAUGGUGACGGGCACCAUGCCCUUUCGGGCAGAGACCGUGGCCAAGCUGAAGAAGAGCAUCCUGGAGGGCACAUACAGUGUGCCCCCGCAUGUGUCCGAGCCCUGCCUCCGCCUCAUCCGCAGCGUCCUGCAGCCCAUACCCACCGACAGGCACGGGAUCGACUCCAUCAUGAACAACGAGUGGCUGCAAGGGGUGCCGUGCCCCACCCCUCUGGAGCCCUUCCAGCUGGAUCCCAAACAUUUGUCCGAAACCAGCACUCUCAAAGAAGAAGAAAAUGAGGUCAAAAGCACUUUAGAACAUUUGGGUAUUACGGAAGAGCACAUCCGGAACAACCGAGGGCGUGACGCCCGGAGCCCCAUCACCGGAGUCUACCGGAUCAUUCUCCACAGGGUCCAAAGGAGAAAGGCUUUGGAAAGUGUCCCAAUAAUGAUACUACCGGACCCUAAAGAAAGGGACCUAAAGAAAGGGUCCCGUGUCUAUAGAGGCAUAAGACACACAUCUAAAUUUUGUUCAAUUUUAUAAAUUGUGUUAAACUGCUGGUCAUUAACCAAGAGCAUUGUUGCUGCUUUUAAAUUUUUUCAUGGACAACUUGGGUGGAGACAUUUUUGUAAUUUUUAAAUAAAUUUAAAUUUAAGAUAUGAGUUCCCCCCCAAAAAAA